AUGAAGAACGAAUUCGUAACACUCAACCAUAUUCAAACCCAUCUAAUAACGUACGGUGAUCCUUUUAAUUGCAAUGGAAAAGAUGUAAUUGUCUGUAUUACUGGAAACCCAGGUAUACCCGAUUUUUAUAUAGAUUUUGCUGAUGAAUUACAUAAAUCCACCGGGCUGCCCUUGUGCAUCAUUGGACAUGCAGGUCAUGAUGUAGUUCCAGAUGAAGCAUCCUCUGUUUUAAAAGGUCAAGAACAUCUGUUUGACCUUGAUGGUCAAAUAAAACAUAAACUUCAACUUAUCGAUAGUUAUAGACAAGCAAAGCAAAUUACACUUUAAUUGGUCAUUCAAUUGGAAGCUGGUUAAUUUUAGAAUUGCUAAAAGAUAAUGAAAAUUUAACCAUGAGACUAAAGUCUGUUAAUCUUUUAUUCCCAACAUUGCAAAAAAUGGCUGAAACCAGAAAUGGAAAGUUUUUAAAUGGCUUUAUUAGAAAACUCCAUAAUUUUGUAUUACUUUUGUUUGUCUUGGUACAUUUACUACCUAGUGUUAUUGUAAAAUUUUUAAUAGCCAUCUACUUAAAAGUGUAUGCAUUGCCUUCACACUAUUCAGAAUAUAUUUUAAAGUUUUUAAAUCCAAAUGUUGGGGAAAAGGUAUUAUUUUUAGCUUAUAAUGAAAUGGACAGAGUCAAAAGUUUAAACUUUGAAGCAAUUAACAAAAUAAAGCAUUUAACCAACGUCAUUUAUAGUAAAACAGAUAAUUGGGCACCUAUCUCAUAUAUGGAAGACCUAUACAAAUAUCAACCAGAACUUACAAUGAAAGAAGUAGACAUUGACCAUGCAUUUGUUUUGAAAUCAUCAGAAACUACUGCAGAAAUGGUGAUGCAAUUUAUAAAGACAAAAUUGUAA